UUACUCGAUUUUAUUCGCGCGUGUGUAAUCGACAACACGCUUGCACAUCACUCUGUGUCUAUGGCUCUCCUUGACAGUUCAUAUUUUUAGCGUUGUCGUAUCGUAUUUAUACUCGAAUAAACAUAAGUUUUAAUAAACUUUUCAUAAGUAAAAUCAAACUCGUUAUACCCUAAAUAAUUAUUAGAUGACAAGAAUGCAGUAUAUAUAUUUAAUAAUAAAACGCAAUUCAAGAAACAUUAUAUGGACUAUCUGAAAAUUCUACCAACGAACAGGUGUUAUUGAAUGACUGUGUGUUAGAGUUCCCAUCGUAAUUAUUUAUUUAUGGUGAUGUGAAUAAUACAAGUGUAUUGAUCGAUCCAAAUACGGAAAAACUCAAGUGUGUUAAGCCCUAAAAUAUACAAAUAGAAAAAGUGUCAAAGUAUAUAAACAGGCUCAAACUUUGUCUCGACAAGAAAGACGCUAACAACUUCAGGAUUUUGUUUACACGAUGUUUUUUGGUUCUAAACUAAUAUUCUAUCAACAAAGAUAAGGAUUCAAAAGAGGCACAAUGUGCAGAUGUUAUCACAGUUUAUACAUUAUAAUGUUUAAAUCAAGGUGAGAGUACGCCGUGGCGAGCAUGCCUCACCAGUACGGCGCGGGCGCGGGUGGUAUGGGCGGGGGUCCACCGUCGCCGCCGCCGCAACACGGCGCGCUGUACCCGCGCUACGCCGCCGCCGCGGGCCCCGGCGCCGGCGCCUACCGCCCUGAAGAGCGUCGAUUGACACGCGAAGCCAUGGAACGAUACCUUCGCGACCGCUCUGAUAUGGUCGUAGUCAUUUUACAUGCAAAAGUUGCUCAAAAAUCUUAUGGAAAUGAGAAGCGUUUUUUCUGCCCUCCACCAUGUAUAUAUUUAUUUGGUGAUGGCUGGCGGCUUCGGCGUGAGCGUAUGUUACGGGAAGGUGAGACUGAGCAGGCAUCUCAGUUGUGUGCAUUUAUUGGUAUUGGUAACUCUGACCAAGAUAUGCAACAGCUGGACCUAAAUAAUGGCAAGCAAUACUGUGCUGCAAAGACAUUGUACAUAUCAGACUCAGACAAACGUAAACAUUUCAUGCUAUCCGUUAAAAUGUUUUAUGGUAAUGGUCACGAUAUUGGUAUUUUUAAUAGUAAAAGAAUAAAAGUGAUAUCAAAACCAUCGAAAAAGAAACAAUCACUAAAAAAUGCUGAUCUGUGUAUUGCUAGUGGAACCAAGGUAGCUCUAUUUAAUAGACUAAGAUCACAAACUGUAUCAACAAGGUAUCUGCAUGUUGAAAAUGGAAAUUUCCAUGCAUCCUCUACCCAAUGGGGGGCAUUUACGAUUCAUUUGCUCGAUGACAAUGAAAGUGAGUCAGAGGAGUUUGCAGUGAGGGAUGGAUAUGUUCACUAUGGUUCUACUGUGAAACUUGUAUGUUCGGUGACAGGGAUGGCUUUACCUAGACUUAUUAUUCGUAAGGUUGACAAACAAAUGGCUCUUCUAGAAGCAGAUGACCCUGUGUCACAGCUACAUAAAUGUGCCUUCUACAUGAAGGAUACAGAACGCAUGUAUCUGUGUCUUUCUCAAGAGAGAAUCAUACAGUUCCAAGCUACUCCAUGUCCAAAAGAGCCAAAUAAAGAGAUGAUAAAUGACGGAGCCUGUUGGACAAUUAUAUCCACGGAUAAGGCAGAAUACCAGUUUUACGAAGGAAUGGGUCCAGUGAGGUCACCCGUAACACCAGUUCCGUUGGUCCACUCGCUGAACCUUAACGGUGGUGGUGACGUUGCGAUGUUAGAGUUAGCUGGAGAUAAUUUCACACCAUCAUUGCAAGUCUGGUUCGGAGAUGUGGAGGCGGAGACCAUGUACCGUUGCGCUGAGUCCAUGCUGUGUGUCGUACCGGACAUCUCGCAGUUUAGGGGACAGUGGCUCUGGGUUCGACAGCCUACACAGGUGCCCGUGUCACUGGUGAGGAACGACGGCAUCAUCUACGCGACGGGGCUGACGUUCACGUACACGCCGGAGCCCGGGCCGCGGCCCACGUGCCCGCCCGUCGAUGACGUCAUGCGGCCCGACGCCUGGCACGACGCGCACCGCCUGCCCGACGCGCUGCAGUAGCCGAACGCCACCCGCCACUCCGCCGCCGACUCGCGUACAUGCGGCCGACAUUAACUCGAAUAUUAAUAUUUUAAUACUCUCGAAAGGAAUCACUAUGAAACACAAACGUUUGGAAUUUAUUUUGUCAUCGGAUUAACGACAAAUUAUUAAUAAUCGAGUUAAUGAGCUGAUCCAUUGUUGGUAGGAUUUCUCUCACUUAAAGACCAAAGACGUGGACUUCGGCGAAUUUAAACGAAUUGAGAAUAGUGGUAUAGCGAUGCUUAUAAGUUUCGAUAGUGCCUGUACAGUAGCAUGUUCCUCGACGACCGCUCUAUUUGAUUUCACAGAAACAUAGCGAGUUCUUUGAUUUUGACUUCUAUUUGUACAUGGAAAGCAAUAUUAGUCAUAAUACGUACCCUUUCUCAUUUAAAAGAAAUAUUACUCUUAUACAAUAAGGUUGUUUUUUAAGUGAAAGAAGCAGGUCGCUCGAACAUGUUACAAUCGUCAUCGAAAUAUUUAUAAACGAACUGCUUGAUUGUUUGAUUUUGAUUAAGAUUUUGUAAAAUACAAAGUGUGCCUAAAAUAAUUAAGUAGAUAUUGAAUAUGUAUGCCGAGAUUAUAACACCAAAAUGCUAUUAGGUUACGGUAGCAAUUUUAUGAUAUGCUUUGUGAAAUAUGUCACUAUUUUUUAAUUUAAUUGUAUAAUUUUAUGUGGCCACGACCGAAUGUUUUUAUUCAAAAGCAAUUGUUUCACUGUGACCAGAGUCUUAUUAUGAAUGUUUAUUUCUAUUGAAAUGUAAUAAAUUAAUUACAGGCAUAGGGUAGUUCCUAAGCAGGCGUCGUAUUUGCGCCAUUUUGAAAAAAUAUAUUAAUAAGAGAUCUCUCUGCUCUUGAAUUUAUUUCUUCGGGGCCAAAUAGCUGUAAAAUCCAUGACGAGUCAUUGUGUUUAUUAUAUUGCUAUUAAGUAUCCGUAGAUUUAUGUGUUUUGGAAAUUGGACUUUAAGUCAUAUCUGAAAAGAUCGGUGAUUCGUUUGAACGUUGGAUUAUUCAAAAGGCAACUACAAUAUUUGGGAGCUAUUCAAUAAAUACGGUAAUAGAUUAUAGAUUAUGUAAAAUACGUAAAAAUUAUCAAAGAUUUAUUUUAAUCGAGUUUGUAAACUUUCAAAGAAUUUAUUCGUUUCUACCUAAUCACCUCACUGACGACGGAAGAUGAUUGUUCAUCCACCGUCACUGUAUGUAUGUACAUUACUAUUACAGGCAAUCUAAUGAACAAAGUAGAUAAGUAGCUAGACGUAGCACAUUUUAUAAUUUUAGUAAAACAGAACGUUUGAAAUUAUAUUUAUUUUAUUGCGAAUCCUUUGUACAAUUGUUUGGUGAAAUUUGAUGUGUAUAUUAAAAAGUGUGAUUUCGAACAUUCCACAUGGAAAGUGUAAUAAGUACAAAAGAAUAUGAUAUUUUUAUAUAAAAAAAAAAUAAUAAAUAAAGAAAAAAUAAACGAAAUUGUUUUAUGAAAUCGGUAGUGACAGUAUUACAAGGAAUUAGUAUUAGACGCGAUAAAGAAUUACGCCGUCAAUUUAUAUGGAAUAAGCGAUAUCUCAGUUGGAAAACUGUUCGUGCAUUAUUAUCAUUUUACAUUUGGUAUGUCUCCAUGUUUCAGAAUCAUGUUUAAGAAUUUCCUGUUUUAAAAUCAUGUAAUUACAAUAAUGUGAUAUUAUGAAAGAGUAAU